ACAAGAAAACAGAAGCUUCAACACAAAUGUCAGUACAAAAAGAUGAAAGCGCAAUUUCUGCCUCUGAGGUGUCUAGUAGCGUUAAAAGUAAUAACAGAAAAACUGCUAUUGGAAAAACGGAGAACAGUGUCGAUCAAAUAACACUGAAGACCACAAGAUCUAACUUAGGUGAUACAUCGGAGGAUAUAUCAAAAGAUAUACACCAAAACAAAAUGAAAUUAAAUGUUAAGAAAGGUAGUGUAGAUAAAGAAAUAAAAACUUUCCAAUCUUUUGAGUCCGAUAUUCAAGUAGAAAUAGAAGAAAACCUGGAUGAUAUUACAAAGUGUGAAGUUGAAACACCAAAAGAACAUUCACCGGAACACGAAAUACAAAUACUUGAAUACACCGAUGAAGAGUCUCAAACCGAAUUAGAAAUAUUGGAAGAAAAUCUUCAACCAAGUGACGAUACUAGAAGCAGUCUUGGCACAGAGGAGCCGCAACCACAAAGUAGCGGGGGAUUUCUUAAGGAAUAUCAAGCAAUGCUUGAUGAAGAUGGCGAUUUUUUGGAAGAUAAUAGUUCCAUAAACGAUAAAACUACUACAGCUAAAGAAUUGAAUUACUUUGAUGAUAGUGAAGAACUAUUGGAUGAACAUGAUGAUAUCGAAAUGAAAUCUAUGGUCGAAGAUAACCUAGAUGAAGAACAAGCCGUUGACACCUCAUCACAGUUGCAAACUGAAGUCGCUGAAAAGGAAAUUAAAAGUAAAACACGUAAAUACCAGGCGAAGACACAUGUUCGUGGUGCUGGCGCUAAAUCAGCCAGAAAAGGCGAUACGUUGAAUACUUCAAAAAGAUUUCUAUGUUUUAAAUGUAAUCGGGACUUUAGCACUAAAACAAAUCUUACCCGACAUAUGGCAACACACGAAGGCAACCGACCAUUUCAGUGCAAUGUGUGUAACAAAAGCUUCACCCAGAAUGUAUCCUUAAAGCAACACAUGUACACACACACUGGUGAGAAACCAUAUCAAUGCGAGGUGUGCCAUAGAGGUUUUACACAAUGUAAAAGUCUAGUAUUUCACAUACGCCGACAUACUGGCGAUAAACCAUUUCCAUGCGAAAAAUGCGGUGCACUCUUCCGGCAAAAAGAUGGACUUAAGACCCACAUUCUUAAACGACAUACAAUCAAGUCGCAACAUGGUAAUAUGGAGUUAACAACAUGCGCCAUAUGCAAAGAAGUGUUUGCUGAUAAAAUUCUGCUUCAGGAGCAUAUGAAAAAACACUUAAACGACUAUGUGCGUGUCGACUCUGCCAUGUCAUGCGCGAACCGUGAAGGAACAACCGAAGAAAAUUCAGACAUGCUACUCGAAUAUAUAGAUGAUGAUCCUCUACACGACAAAGCAAGUAACAAUAUUGGCGAAAGCACAUCAGAGAGCGCUGAUGAUAUAGGCUCUUCGGCACAUGUCGUUGACUUAAUGACGACGUCCGCUUUGGAGCCGAGUCGUGCAAAGAAAUUCCAGUGCCGAAAAUGUUUUAAAUGCUUUGCAAUUAAGAAAAAUUUGCUUCGUCAUUUGACCACACAUGAGCUAUCCGUUGAGACUGAUUUCGUUUGUAAAAUAUGCGAACUUUGCUUCGCAACCAGUGAUGACUUAAAAGCGCAUACAGUAAAAGAGCACACUAACUCUACCGAACCCUUCCAAUGCGAACUGUGUGAAUCCGCGUUUUCUAACGUUGUUGAGCUAAAGAAACAUAUGGAUUUGCAUAAUACCAAAACAGAUAAGACACAUGGAGUCGUUAUGUUGCGAAAAACUUUAAAACUUACUAAUUUAUUCUCAAGUAAACAAACAUUUUGUGGCAAAUUUUUAAUAAAUUAUUCCAAUUCAAUUUUCAUUUAUAAAGAAAAUAUGGAAGUAUGUCGUAUUUGUGGCGGAGCUGAAAAACUCAAGUGCUUUCAAGGCGAUGAGCAAUUGACGGAGCUGCUAAGAGUUUGCGCGAACAUUGCAAUAGAAGAAAAUGACUUUUUACCACAGCAUAUAUGCGAGCAUUGUGAGAAUGGUUUGCGUUUUUCUUACCAUUUGCGGAAGCAAAGUGAACAAACCGAAAAGCGGUUGCGGCAGGAGAUGCAGACACAAACCAAUAGUACGACAAUUAAUAUUCUAGAUGAAUUUGAUGCGAAUGAUGUGAAUGCAUUUGAUCAAACGGCUGAUGUAAUAAGACACAAAAGUCUAAUUUCAGAAAUAAACAUAAAUAUUUCGACCACUACUCAGGAAUCGAAUUGCGUACUUAUCGAAGAAAAUCACACACAGGAGAUAAUUGAGUCCACAAGCCUAUGUAUGGAAAUAAAAGAGCACCAGAGCAUUGUAGAAAUAUUAGAUGAAGACAAUUUACCUGAAUUAACAGCCGAAGAGCGUCUCAGGUUAGAUUUGCGGAAGCGCGGUGUCGAUAUGCAAAAGCGCUUGAUGCCGAUAGAAAACGUACCGUUAAAUGAGAUAGGACAUGAGGUAAUUGCAGAAAAGCGAAUUCAACUGGAUUUGGAUACGCACGCAGAUGUAUUUAGCGAUAUGGAAUUGCCGGCAGAGAAAUGUUUAGAGAUUUUAAAUAAUGAAUUUAACGAUGAGGAUGAUAUUAUUGAAGUAAUUGAUGAUGAUUCAAUGCCAGGGUUAGCGGACGAAGAAUUAUCUACCAAACAAGUAUGCCAAACACUAAAUGCAUGCGAAUAUCAAGGUGAGGACUUUGUAGAAGAGAUAUUGUCUUCAGACGAAGAAAGUCAGUGCUACCAAACUGUAGUAUAUGAAGAAAACUCUGAUGGUGUUGACGACACCGAGAAUAUUGAAGAUUGUGAAAUGCAUUUUAUGAAAGAAGAAAGUAGUGAUUUCCCUGGUAAUGAGUGCACUGAAAAUGAGUCGGUCACAACACAAGAAAUUGAGAAGGACGAAACGACAAUAGGUGCCGACAGUGAAAAACCUAGUAAUGCAAGUGCAGAAGAACCUAUAAGCGGCCACACCUGCCCGACAUGCGACAUACAACUGCCUACAUGGACAGAAUAUUGUGAGCAUAUCAAAACACAUGGUGAUAAAAGGUUUGUCUGCAAGAUAUGCAAUACAUGGUUUCCACUACGUAGCAGAUUGGAAAAGCAUUUACUGUGUCAUGAAGAAAAACAAGAAAAACCGGAAUGUCCGCACUGUAGACGUACAUAUCAGAGCCGUUAUAAUUUAAAACGGCACAUACAAGACAUGCAUAAUAAUGAUGCUCACAUAUGCGUCCUCUGUGGUAAAGCGUUUAUCCGGUCUGAUGAGCUGAAAGUUCACAUGGCCACACAUUUAGAGGAGGAGGAGCUUCGAUGCGAGCACUGUUCGAGAUGUUUCAGUAGAAAGAGUACCUUUACAAAUCAUAUGAAAACUCAUCUAAAGUCCUCAACUGUAAAAAAGAGUGAUGCUAAAAACACCACAGGAAAAAAAGUGUACUGCUGCCACUACUGCGGCAAAGAGUCCAAACAUCAUUUCACCCACAAAAUGCAUAUGCGCAUACAUACGCAAGAGCGGCCGCAUAAAUGUGACGAUUGUGAUAAGGCUUUCCGCACAAUGGCUGCGCUGAUUACACACCAACGCAUACACGACGAUGUACGGCCAUAUCAGUGUGAACACUGUUUGCUCUCCUUUCGACAGCGAGCCCAUCUCAACUCGCAUCGCAUGAUACACGAUGGCAUUACACCGCAUAAGUGUAGUAUUUGCCAAUGGUCUUUUACUAAAAAGAGCAAUAUGCUUCUGCAUAUGCGUAUACACUCAGGUGAAAAUCCCUACAAGUGUGUUAUAUGCGAUAAGCAAUUCAAAAAAGCCGCACUUUUGCGAAAACAUGAAAUCGAUGUGCAUAAUAAAACCGCAACUGAGGAGCAAUCGCGCAAUAGCCCGUUUAUUGAUUUAGCAGAAGAGUUGGUGUGCAGCGAUAGCAACAGUCUGGAGGUAAUAGAAACGGAAAAUGCCUCGUCCAUUGAAAGCAGUGUCAUAAGCAAUGUCGAAGAUGUUCAGCAGGGCUACGAAGAAAUGCCCGAAGUAAUUAGAAAUGCAGUUUUAGAACAAAAUAAUCCUGCCAAUAAUGAUUUUGAGGCAGUGGACAGUGGCGUGGUGUUGGUGGUGGAUGAUAACGCGAAAUUUAAUAGCUUAUUUAUUAUGGAUGAUUAAGUUUGCUUCUUAGUUAGUAGUUAAUUUCACUACACUUUUCGAUUUCGAAAUUUCAAACUAAGCUUCUCGCGUUCAAUAAUCGGUUUGUUGAGUUAGCAGCGAAAUUAUUCAGAAGUUUAGAAGAAAAGAAGAAAUUCUUUUACUUCAAUAGCAUGCAAUCUUAACAAAGUUAUAUAAGGUAGUAUAUACAAAUUCAUUUUUUUUAGUCAUUUCUAAACUGUCUAGGUAUCGAGCGUUACCCAGGCCACUUUUAAUACAUAUACUCAAAUAUAUAUAUUUUAUAAGCCUAUAAUUAUUAGUCUUACGAGAAAUAUUUUUUUAUACCUUUAAUAAAAAAGUAUUUUGAUGUCGCAUUGUACAAUAAAUAUUAAGAACUUUAAACUUUACACUAACUUGAGUUUAUGCACGCAGUUUUUUAUUAAAAGAAGCGUUUUAAAUUAUUAUAAAUUUGUAACUAUAAAAACUACCAAAAAUUUUGUAUUUUAAGUUUCACUUUUUGGUUUUAAAAAGUUCAAUGAAAACAAAAUAUUAUAAGAUUUUUUCAAAACAAU